AUGGCCGCCACGCCCCCCCUCGCCAGCUGCCUCGUGGGCUUCCUCCUCGUCGGCCUGGCAUGGGGCCUCACCACGCCGUUUAUCCGCCGCGCCGCGCGGGCGCACCGACCGCCCCCCCGCGCCGCCCGCUCCCGCAGCCGCUGCGUGCGCGGCCUGCUCUCCGUGCUGGCGCUCGUGCGCAGCCCGGCCUACGCGCUGCCCCUGCUGCUGAAUCUCUCGGGCAGCGUGUGGUUCUUCCUCCUGGUCGGCCGAGCCGAGCUCAGCCUGACGGUCCCGAUUGUCAACACCCUGGCGUUUCUGUUCACCGUCCUGGGGGAGUGGUAUGUCGAGGGCAAGGUCGUCAGCAGAGGGACCGGCGCGGGAGUCGUCAUCUCCCUGGUGGGCAUUGCUUUGUGCGUCCAGAGCAAGGCGUGA